AUGUGGGUUCUGGAUAAGAUCCGCGGGUCGGUGGAGACCGGCGUGCUGCGUCAAGGGGAGAACGGAGACAAGAAAGGCGUCACCUACAGCAACGUCCUCACUCCCGACAAGAUCCCAGACUUUUUCAUUCCCCCGAAGCUGGUCAGCGCCCCCCCGGAACCUGAGAUUCCUAAUAUUACGCCCAAAGAAGGACUGCAUCCUUCAACUUCGGAGCUAACUAUCAGCAGUGGGAAGAAGAUGAGCAGCCCGAGGAGUCCACGCCUGUUGGCGAAGGUCGCAGGAGACACCAAGAACCUGCUGAGAGCAGCAAACCGUCACAUCAUACAGAUAGAGAGUGCUGACGAUGUUGGGGACACCAAUGCAGACCCCCAGUCGCAGACAGCAAUGUCCCUGCCUUAUGUGCCCAAGACUCAAACCCCUUAUGGCUUUGCAACCUUGAAGGAAAGCCCACACACUCGCCGUAAAGAGUCACUCUUCCACUGCGAGCUUACCAGUCCUAUCACCUCCCCGAACGCCCAGAGGAAGACCCAGGGGAGAGGCAGCGACGGGGGAAACCACCUGAACCCAGCUGACUUCAACACCUCCCACAUGAAUCCGUAUCGGUACUUCAGCGGAGGGGAGAGCGACACCUGCUCUUCAGCCGAGUCCUCUCCCUUCAGCUCCCCCCUUCUCUCCCGCUCGGCCUCCCUGCUCAAGAUCUUCACCCAUGAGACGCAGGCCAAAGUGGUGAAAGCCAAGCGGUCGUUCGCCCGCCACAGCUCUCUCUCCACCGACGAGUGCAGCUCGGCCGAGCCCAGCCCCAACGUCCAGCGCCGGCUCCACGUCCCCUCCUUCCACGGCGCCGGAGCGUCAGACCACGGCCUCCAACGGGAGCACACCAUCAACCUUCACAAAGGCGGGACGGUGAGGAUCAGUGCCAACUACGACUCCAGCACUUCUCGCCUGCUCAUCCGUGUCCUGGUGGCGGAGAGUCUCUACGACAAGCACUUUGACAUCAAGAGCAUCAACUGCUGCGUGUCCGUCUACCUGAACCCAGGCAAGCAGCAGAAGCAACGGAGCAACAUCAUCAAGAACAGCCGCAACCCGGUCUUCAACGAGGACUUCUUCUUUGACUCGAUAAGCUUGGUUCAAGUGAAGAACCUGCAGGUGAAGUUCAAGGUGGUGAACAAAGGCACCAGCCUCAAGAGGGACACCCUGCUUGGAGAGCGAGAGGUGCCUCUAACAAAGCUGCUCACAGGGGUUUAG